CAUUUAAUAUUUCUAAUUAGUGCAAACCAAACAUUUCCUCUGUGUGAUACGACUUGCGACUUACGACUUACGAGAGCUUAUAAUGCAGAUGAUGCCCCCAUGGUUGUCACGCACGGGUGAGUUUUUGAAGAAGUAGGGUUUCCAGCCGAUGCCGGAGUGGGGAAGACGUGAACAUGAGAGUUUCAGUCCUCCCUUUACCAAUUUACUCACAUUUAAUCCGAUCUUACAAGACCCACAAAUCUUUCUGCUUAGCUUCAGUCCUGCAACUCUCUUCAGUUCCAGAGCUUACCCGCACACCUGUAACCGAAUUGCAUUUUCGCGAGAAUUCCAACGACUUACACGCUGAUUUUGCUGAGAAAAUCACUUCGGAAUCAUCAUUAUUCCAGGAAAACAUUUCGGAAUCUGACUUCUCUGGAAACUCAUCUUCCACAGAGCACAGGUACGCCAAAUCUACGGCAACUGUCUCGAAAAACGCAGUUUCCACGCAAGCACAUGCAAUUGAUGUUCUUCUGAGCCACAAAAACGAUCCGAAAAAGGCUUUGAAGUACUUCAAAUGGGCCGAGAAACGGAGAGGAUAUGUGCGUGGCAUCAACGCCUUCUGUGUUUUGCUUCACAUUUUGAUGGGUUCCUCGGAGAAUCAUCGCAGUGUCAAGUCUUUGCUUAACCAAAGUGUUUCAGGUGAUUCAGGUGCAGUCGCUUGUGUUCUUAUUGAUCUCUUAAUUGAGACCUCAAAGAGGUUUGGUUUUGAAUUAUAUCCUCAGGUUUUCAGUUAUUUGUUGAAUAGUUAUAUUAGGGUUGGGCGGAUGGAAGAUGCUAUAACAUGUUUUGAUAAAAUGAUCGACAAUGAUGUAGUUCCAUUGGUUUCCUGUUUGAAUAUUGCUUUGACUACAUUGGUUAGGGAAAAAGAAAUUGGGAAAGCACAGGUUUUGUAUGAAAAGAUGGUCUCAAGGGGAAUUAGUGGUGAUUGCAUUACAUUGCAUGUGAUGAUGCAGGCUAGUCUGAAAGAAGGGAGGGCCGAGGAGGCUGAGACAUAUUUUAGGGUAGCAAAGAGAAGAGGACUAAAACUUGAUAUGGCUACGUAUAAUACUGUUAUUCAGGCUGUUUGUAGGAAACCUGAUUCAAUUGCAGCUUGUGAGUUGUUGAAUGAGAUGAAACAAAUGGGGCUUGUGCCAUCUGAGGGUACAUUUACUGGCAUAAUUGGGGCUUGCGUGAAGCAGAGAAAUAUGGUAGAAGCUCUGAGGGUAAAGGAUGAAAUGGUUUCUAGUGGAUGGCAGAUGAAUUUGGUGGUUGCAACUAGCUUGAUGAAGGGGUUUUGUGUGCAUGGUGAUUUGGGUGGUGCUUUGGAUUUGUUUGAUAAUAUUAUUGGGGAUGGACUUACUCCAAACAUGGUUACUUUCUCAGUUAUUAUCGAAGGGUGCUGUAGGAAUGGAAACAUGGAAAGGGCAUAUGAACUUUACACCCAAAUGAAAUCCAUGGGGCUCCAACCUAGUGUCUUUAAUGUGAAUUCCAUAAUACGAGGUUUCUUGAAAGCUCUGUUGUGGGAAGAGGCAUCCAAGCUAUUUAAUGAGGCAGUUGAAAGUGGUGUUGCCAAUGUUUUUACAUACAAUGUUCUCAUGUCUUGGUUCUGUAGACAGGGCAAGUUGAAUGAAGCAUUAAGUGUCUGGGAUAAGAUGGGGAGUGAGGGAGUGAAACCAAGCUUAGUUUCUUAUAAUAUCCUGAUACUUGGCCACUGCCGAAAAGGCAAUACAGAUAUUGCUUUCAGUUUAUUUUCUGAGAUGCUUGAGAAGGGUUUGAAACCUAAUGUUGUCACAUAUUCUAUAUUAAUGGAUGGGUAUUUCAGAAAGGGUGAGACUGAACAAGCUCUUGAUUUGUUUGAACAGAUGGUGAAUUUAAGGAUUGCCCCCACUGACUAUACAAACAAUAUAAUUAUCAACGGUAUUUGCAAAGUUGGCAUGACAUCUGAGGCUAGGGGUUUGCUGAAGAAGUUUGUAGAGAAGGGUUUUAUUCCUUCCUGUAUGACUUACAACAGCAUUAUAGAUGGAUUUAUCAAAGAGGGUACCAUUAAUUCUGCAUUGGCUGUUUACAGAGAAAUGUGUGAAAGCGGUGUUUCUCCAAAUGUUGUUACCUACACAAGUUUAAUUAAUGGCUUUUUAAAAAGUAAAAUUAUUGAUCUUGCUUUGAAAAUGAAGAAUGAGAUGAGAAACAAGGGUCUAGACUUGGAUGUUACUGCAUAUGGUGCACUCAUUGAUGGGUUUUGUAAAAGAAGAGACAUGGAGAGUGCACAAGAACUUUUCUCUGAGCUACAAGAGGUUGGAUUGUCUCCAAAUACAAUUGUUUACAAUAGCAUGAUUAGUGGCUUUAGAAAUGUAAAUAACAUGGAAGCUGCCCGUGUGUUACAUAAGAAGAUGAUCAGUGAGGCCAUUCCUUGUGAUUUGGAAACAUAUACUACAUUAAUUGAUGGUUCUCUAAAAGAAGGGAGAAUACUUUUUGCAUUUGAUUUAUACUCGGAGAUGCUUGCCAAGGGUAUUGUGCCUGAUAAUAUUACCUUUACUGUUCUGGUAACCGGUCUUUGUAAUAAAGAAGGAACACUAGAUAAUGCACACAAAAUCUUGGAAGAUAUGGAUAAGAAGCAUGUGACUCCUAGUGUUCUUAUUUAUAAUACAUUAAUUGCUGGGCACUUCAAGAAGGGAAAUUUGCAGGAGGCUUUUAGAUUGCAUGAUGAAAUGCUUGACAGGGGUCUUGUACCUGACGACACCACUUAUGACAUUCUUGUAACUGGAAAGUCUAAGGGAAAUAACUUCCUUACUGUGGCUUCAGGGGCCUAAUAAACCAGUCAAUUGGUCACCCUUUGGUUGCUUUCUUUUAAUUAUAUGGUCCGGCGGAGAAGAAAUUUAUUGUGUUCUUUGACAUUUGUCCUUUUCACACCCUUCACCUUCUAUGAGGGCAGGUCAGACACAAUCAUCUAUCUCAUUGUUCUGGCAAAAAAUGACUGAGAUAUUGUGGAUUUUUUCAAACUUCUUUUGCACUUAUGCAGUUUCUUGAGGUUAGCUAGCAUGUCACAGGUGUGGAUGAGCUUGCAAUCAACUUACGUCUUUGCAUGCUGCAUUGUUCACUCGCAUGUUCAAAUCACACUUGUUGCCAGGGAUAUUGCUUCCCCCCAAGGUAAUUGGCUGAAGGUCGCCCUAUAUUUAAGUACAGAUGAAAUACCGAAAACGUAAAACAUGGGGGCAAGAAAUUUUGUUGCAACCCUGGAAAACAUCAACAUGAAGCAUCUACCCUGAUGUAUUGAACUGGUUUAGUGAAAAAUUCUCCAACAUGACUCUGAAAACUAACCUGAAGCAGCAGCAUAUUGUAGUUCAUUGUAAUCUUAUUACCUUGCUCCACGUGCCAUGAUAUUUUGUGGUGGCUCCUGGUUGCACCGUUGUACAUGUUCCUUUAAGAAAUCAAGUAAUUUACAAUUAAGUUCA